CGCCGUAUUCACAAACCAAACUUAUCCUUAUACUUAUGACUUAAGUCACCGAACAGCCCUUAACGCGUUUCAAGAACCAACCUUAUACUUAUCGCAGAACUUUUCUCGUACUUAUCGCCGUGAUAAGUAAGGCUUGGAUAAGGUAGCCUCCGACCUACCUUAACGCUCACUUGUAAGCAAACAAAAUGGCGGCGAUGGACGACAACUUCGCGGAGUUUGUUAACUAUCUCGACCGCCACGAAGAAAUAUUGAGCGGGGCCGCGUUUUCAUACGCGUCUCCGCCACGGCGAGUGCCCAGGGAUCGCUUGAAUCCCAUGGAAGUGUACGACGAGUACGAGUUUUUGUGCCGCUUCCGAUUCAGCAAAAGUGCCGUCCAGCAGCUGCUCGCUAUGCUGCCUCUGCGGGAUAACACCGAUGGACGUGGGCUCCCUGUGCCGCCUCUCCUGCAGCUGCUCAUCACGCUACGUUUCUAUGGAGCCGGCACAUUUCAAAUUGUGACCGGCGACCUAGUGAAUGUUUCCCAGCCGACGGUGUCGCGGGUGAUCGAGCGCGUAUCCACUAUGAUCGCCAGGAGUCUCUUUCCUGCGCUUGUGAAGUUCCCCAGCGCUUCAGAAGUGAGCGGUGGGAUGCAAGCAUUUUACCGGAUUGGGAAGUUUCCCGGUGUUAGCGGGUGCAUUGACUGCACCCAUGUGCCAAUUAAGAGCCCCGGUGGUGACCACGCCGAGGUGUACCGUAACCGGAAAGGAUAUUUUUCGAUAAAUGUCCAGCCGUGCUAGAGUACUGUACGAGACUGGGAUCGUCCCCGGCAUUCUGCUUGGGGACAUGGGCUACGCCUGCAGGCCAUACCUCAUGACUCCUCU